UUUCUUUGCUGGAUGCAAAUUACUACGAGAAGCCGUACUCUCGGCCCCAGCGGAUGUGCGCUUGGCUAGGCAAGGGAAGCCGCGAGGCGCGACGAGUGUGCGAUAUGCACUGAACUUCGGAACCGGUAAUCAUUGCAUGGUACUCGACCACCAUAAUCGCAGAAAAUUAUAUUUGCAACCUCUUUGUGGCAAUUUGUCUUCAUACACGGGAAAAUGACACUGAACAGGCGCGAUUUUGUCAAAUGUCACAAACUUCAAUGUCAGUAAAAACGUAAACUGUGUGUUUUUAUGCAAAAUAUUUAUUUUCUAUUUAUUCGCUAAUAGGAUAUGCCCAGGUAAUUAAUUUGCUUAUUUGCAUUAACUUUAGCAGUAAUCAUGGCUGUUCAAGCGUCCGCUACAGACGCGGUGCAUGCAGGUGGAGAUGCCACCACUUCAGUGUUCGAGGUGUCUCGAAUUAGUUUCGUGGAAGACUCAUCCUCGAAAAGCAAAUGCACAUUUAGUUUUAUGGAAAAGCGGCAAAUUUACCGCGUAAUCGUGGACGGCGUUGACGCCACGCCUGACAACAUCGUCGAUAUCGACUUCGUGACCAUGGAAGACACUUUCUCACACGCAGCUUUCGAAAGCAAGCCGCGGAGAAAAAGCGAUCUAGCGCUCAAGGAGUCCAAGUCCAAGUCAAAGUCUUCCGCCGACAUGGGAAUGAAAGUUUACGCGACCACCAUCUCCCUUGACGACAUCUACAUCGAUCACACAUACAACACUGAGGAAGGGUUCAUACCCGAUGACAUCGACUUAGAAAUUGCACCUUCAGCAUUCUAUUUGCCUAAAGAAAAACCAAUCAUGUCUUAUCCACCGGAGGUAUUGAUUGUGCUAAGAGAAACAGAAACAAUUCUAUUAUUUGAACUGCCAACUUCUUCAUACGAAAAAGGGACUACUGAGGCGAACAUCGUCGAAGAGGAAAAUGAAUAUUACCAAUAUAUUACUGUGGGAAAGGGCAGAAAUAGGAAAAUGGUCAUUGAAGAAACUCAGACCAAAGAAUGUGUCACACAGACCCGUCACACCCUAGCUACGAGACCUCAGAAGAAAAAUGCAAUAUCUUUCGCUUCUAUGUGGGACAUGCAUGACACUUACGCUAAGCUAGCCAAAAUAAAGCCUAAAGAGGAACCUGAUGAAAUGGUUUUAUAUCAAUCUGCUGAGCCAACCCUUUUGCGUAAAAAGAAACAGAAAGUUUCCGAAGACACAGACGAGAGAAAAGGAAAAACAUUUGAAGAAAUAGCACCAACUUCUGAAUUUUUAGACGCGGUCCUCUUGACUGAACGGGUCCUUGCCACAUUGGAGUAUUCUGGUGAACAAAAGAAGUUCCGAGGGCUCAUACAGAUAGAUCCCCUCUCCUUAGACUUGGUGUAUAUUUACACAAUGAAACCGUUAUGGACGCUCGAGUGUGAAGAUACUGCAGGUCGUCCAAUUACAAGCAUAUCAUUUAAUCCCAGAAAUGAAAACAUAUUAGCAGUGGGACAUGGAAAAUUUGCUCACGCUGAAUGUUUCAACGGCAUCGUUGCAGUUUGGUGCACAAAAAACCCUUGCAAACCUGAAAGGGUCUACACUUUCGAUGAUCCUCUUACUUCUGUUGCUUUUUCAGAAAGAAAUCCAAAUUGGUUGGCGUGUGGGUUCGCGAAUGGGGACGUGCUGAUUUUAGACAUAACUUCAUAUCCGGUUAAGAAAAUUGCUCAGAGUAAGAGAGACACAAAUCCUUGCUUUGAACCGAUUUGGGUGACAGACUGGCGCGCAGCAGAGAACAACACCGAAUUCGUGAUGACCGCUUGCCAGGACGGGAGGUUGAACAAGUUCACGAGCACUAAGACUCACGACUUCAUUUGCACUCCUAUGAUGCGGAUAUCUACAGUGGAAGGCAAAAUGAAAGGCUUGGAAACGGCUAAAACUUGCUUGAAGGUCGAUGUUCCUAUCACGAGGUACCCUGCAGCUCUGUGUAUGAAAUGGCAUCCAUCAAUCGAUCACGUUUACUAUGUGGGGACGGACGAAGGGUGCAUUCACAAAUGCUCAACGCAUUAUUUGAACCAGCACAUGGAAGUUUUUAGAGCGCACGCUGGCCCAGUAUACAGCAUGGAAUUUUCGCCUUUUAUGAGAACGUUGCUGGUGUCCUGCGGGGCUGAUAAUGCCGUGAGGCUUUGGCUCGAAGGCAUGGAUGACGUCAUAAUGACGUUGAACUGCCCGGCUGCAGUUUAUGGGGUGGCUUUUUGUCCAAUAAACUCCACGGUUCUCAUUUCGAUAAGCGGGAAUGUCUUGUCCAUUUGGGAUCUGCGUCGUAAGACUCAUAUGCCGUGCGCCGAGUACUCAUUCCCAAAUAAUGUGGUGCUGACGUACAUAAAGUUUUCCGCGUCGGGUGACAAUGUGUUUGUGGGAGACACGACAGGGCGAAUACAUACGUUCCAUCUCGAGGAUACUCCUAUACCGCCAUUUUAUCAAAGAAAACUACUCGAUGAGGCUAUCAAGAAAGCUCUCUGUACCAGACCACAGAUGCUGAAGCAACUAGACAAGCUGGAGAAGUUUAGAGAAAAGUAUGCCAAAUAAUGAAUUUAAAAAUCUAGUCAUUGAGAACUUUAAAUCCAAUGUAAAUAUUUCCUAGUUAUUGUAUUUUUUAUGCUGUA